CGGGCGCGGACACCUCCGGGCGGGCGCUCUCCCGGCUGCGGCGCACCUGGAGCGGCCAGAGAAGGAAACUAAGUCGCCUGACAAAAGUGAGAUUGGGAAAGAAGGGGCUUUUGCCCCACGUGUUUCCUUAAGCGGUAGUGUCUUCUUUUCACGUGAGAAUGUCUGCGGUUGGCUUCAUUUGCCAACAACGUGAGUAAUCUCUGCUAUCCUUGAUUGAGGGCGGGCGGCAGACCCUGGCCUUCGUGCCCUUAAUCCUGGCAGGAACUCUGUAUUCUUUUUCUCCUUGACUUGCUGAUGAGAGAGCAAUUGAUGUCGUUUAGAACCUGCCCAGAAAUUCCCAGCACAGGGUGAAGGUGGAGCUGGACUGGGGCCGCAGCCUGCCCUUCACGCAUCCCUGCUGGAGGACCUGGUCGUUGCAUUGUGUCCCCGUGGUCACUCGCGUGGCUCAGCCAGACACAGUCUCUUAAGGAAAUCAUGCAUCAUAUUUGGCCACACAUGGUUUCUGGUCACCAGGAGGAGCAAUUCAAGUGGAGCCAUGAACACAUCUCUUCUGACCACAGCAGAAUGUGGGUGGUCAGAAAUGACACUGAGGCGCUGCGUCUCUAGUGAAGCAACGUGGUUACUGAGUGGAGCCUGUAACCAGUGGCACCUUCCUUGUGGUGUCAUGACGUUGUCUGGCUUGAUUUCAAGUCAUUUAUGAGCCCGAAUCUUCACUGAAAGAUGGAAAACGUAGCCGGGCCCUUCCUGGGAGCCCGUGGCUGUUGCUGAUGGUGAAACCAGAUUCACUGGCAGCCCAGCUGCAGCCCCUGUGUGACAGCCCCGCCUGUGUUGUCCUCACCAUGGAUGGCGCCUCAGCCGUGCAGGGGGAACCCCCAGAAGAUGAAACCGAUGGAGGCCCCUCGCCUCACCCUGAGGAGCCUCUGGGAUCCCUGGUGCCCCCCGACUUGAGGGACGGAGCUCAGUGUGCCAGCAUUGGGGCAGACGGAACUACCGCGGAGGGAGGAGGCCUGGACACGCCCGGCCAGGGGAGCGCCUGUCCCAACGGGCCCGUGUCACCAUCACUCCAGCCCACCACAAGCCCAGUGGGUCCCGAUGCCUCUCCAGGUGUGGCUGGUUUCCAUGACAACCUAAGGAAGUCCUGGGGGACUAGUGCUGAGGGCAGUGUUAGAAAAGAAGCUUUGCAGUCUCUCAGACUCAGUCUUCCCAUGCAAGAAACGCAACUGUGCUCCACGGAUGCGGCGGCCCUGCCCCUGGAGAAGGAGGAGCAUGUCCGCCUGCAGGCACGCAAGCGGCUGGAGGAGCAGCUGAAGCAGUACCGGGUGAAGCGGCAGCAGGAGCGGUCUAAUCAACCUGCACCUAAAACAAGACUAUCUAGCACACUCGAUCCUGAGCUCAUGUUGAACCCAGAAGCCUUACCAAGGGCCAGUGCCGUGGCCAUGACGAAAGAGUACUCCUUCCUGCGCACCAGCGUGCCUCGGGGGCCCAAGGUGGGCAGCUUGGGGCUCCUGGCUCAGCCAACAGAGAAGAAAAGCUCUAAAUCAAGCAAGAUCCGGUCUCUGGCUGACUACAGAGUGGACGACUCGGCGGCAGAGACGGCAAGCGGCUCCCUGCGGCAGAACCGCAGUGCGGCCGCAUCCGUGGUGGCUGAGAUCAGCCCGUGUCCUGUGGCCGAGGACCACCUGGACAGCGUGUCCCUGGCGGGGGGUGACACAUCUGAGGCCGAUGGGAAUGAGAGCGACGGCUCCUCCCACGGCAGCGUCUCCGCUCUCAGGCCGGCCGGCCGCCUGGUGGACACUACAGGCCCCCCUGGGGUCUCCUGUGCGCCCAGUGGCAGAGAGGCAGCUCCUGGGGCACUGGGCCAGUUCCCCUCCAUCUCAGAUGUACUGCGGGCCGCAGCAGCGGAGCACCAGGCCCAGGGGCAGGAGGUCAACGGGGAGACACGGAGCCGGACAGACAGCAUCUGCAGCAGCCUGUCCCUGGAGAGCUCUGUGGCCGAGGCCCAGGAUGAAAUGUUGCAGGUUCUUAAGGAAAAAAGGAGACUGGAGGGGCAGCUGGAGGCUCUGUCGCUGGAGGCGAGCCAGGCCCUGAAGGAAAAGGCAGAGCUGCAGGCGCAGCUGGCUGCCCUGGACACGCGGCUACAGGCCCAGGUAGAGCAGAGCCAGAGCAGCCAGCAGAGACAGGACUCACUGAGCUCUGAGGUGGACACACUGAAGCGGUCCUGCUGGGACCUGGAGCGAGCCAUGGCCGACCUACAGAGCCUGCUGGAGGCCAGGAAUGCCAGCCUGGCCGCAUCCAACAGUGACCUGCAGCUGGCGGAGGGGCAGUACCAGAGGCUGCUGGCCAAAGUGGAGGAGAUGCAGGGCAGCCUGCGUAGUAAGGACCACGCAGUGCAGGACCUGCGGCAGCAGAUGGGCGCCCUGCAGGGCCAGCUGCAGCAGGUACAGCUGGAGCGCAGCGCCCUGAGCAGCAGGCUGAAGGCCUCGCAGGCUGAGAUCUCAUCCCUGCAGAGCGUCCGGCAGUGGUACCAGCAGCAGCUGGCCCUGGCCCAGGAGGCCCGCGUCCGACUGCAGGGCGAGAUGGCCCAUAUCCAGGUUGGGCAGAUGACCCAGGCGGGCCUGCUGGAGCACCUGAAGCUAGAGAAUGUGGCCCUGUCCCAGCAGCUGACUGAGACCCAGCGCCGGUCGGUCAAGGAGAAGGAACGCAUCGCCGCCCAGCUCCAGGGCAUCGAGGCUGACAUGUUGGACCAGGAAGCUGCCUUUGUGCAGAUUCAAGAGGCUAAGACGAUGGUAGAGGAAGAUUUGCAGAGGAGGCUGGAGGAGUUUGAAGAUGAGAAGGAGCAGCUGCAGAAGACAGUAGCCUCGGCAGCUGCCCUGGAGCAGCAGCUUGAACAGGUGAAGCUGACCUUGCAGCAGCGAGACCAGCAGUUCGAGGCCUUGCAGCAGGAGCACCUAGACCUGCUGAGGCAGCUCACCUCGACGCAGGAGGCACUGCAGACCCGCGAGCAGAGCCUGGGCGACCUGCAGGGGCACCAGGAUGAGCUGCAGGCCCGACUGGAGGAGCUGCAGGCGGAGGCCGCCGCCCGGGACGACACCAUCAACUUCCUGCAGAAGGAGAAGAUCGUCCUGGAGGUGGCGCUGCAGGCGGCCAAGAGCAGCAGGGAGGAGCUGGACAGCGGAGCCAAGAGCUUGGAAGAAGGCAGGGAGGAAGCGUCGGACGUUCUUGAGCAGCUGAGACAAGAGCUAGCCAUCAAGUCCAGCCAGGUGGAGCAUCUCCAGCAGGAGUCAGUCGCCUUGAAGAAGCAGACACAGAAGGUGAAGGAGCAGUUUCUCCAACAGAAGGUAAUGGUGGAGGCCUACCGGCGGGAUGCUGCCUCCAAAGACCAGCUUGUCAGCGAGCUGAAGGCCACGAAGAAGAGGCUGGACUCGGCACAGAAGGAGCUGAGGCAGGAGUUACUGAGGCUUCAGGGGGAGAAGAAGUCGGUGGAGCUGGAGCAUGCGCGGCUGCAGCGGGAGGCGGUGCAGGCCCGGCAGCAGGUGGCAGACCUCGAAGGGCACCUGCAGGCUGCGCAGGUGGAGCGGGACGAGGCGGAGCUGCAGCUCCAGUCUUUGCAGUUCGAUAAAGUACAGGCGGCUGCUCUGUCAGAGGCCAACGAGGCGCUGCAGAAGCAGGUGGAGGCGCUGCAGCAGGAGGCCCGGAAGGCCGUCACUGAACAGAAGCAGAAGGUGAAGCGGCUGGGCUCCGACCUGAGUAGCGCCCAGAAGGAGGCGAAGAGCAAACACAAGGCCUACGAGAAUGCAGUGGGCAUCCUCAGCCGCCGUCUGCAGGAGGCCCUUGCUGCCCAGGAGGCCGCAGAGGCCGAGCUGAGUCAGCUGAGCGCCCAGGCAGCCAGCGGUGCCCACAGCCUGGCCCUGCAGGAAAAGGUCCGGGCGCUAGAGGAGGAGUUGCAGACGGUCAGCCGCAGCAAGCUGAUGCUGGAGAAGGAGCUGCAGGAGGUCAUCACGCUGACCAGCCAGGAGCUGGAGGAGCACCGGGAGAAAGUGCUGGAGCUGGAGGAUGAGCUCCAGGAGUCCCGAGGCUUCAGGAGGAAGAUAAAACGCCUCGAGGAGUCGAAUAACAAGUUGGCCCUGGAGCUGGAGCAUGAGCGGGGAAAGCUGACGGGCCUGGGUCAGUCCAACGCAGCUCUGCGGGAGCACAACAGCGUCCUGGAGACAGCGCUGGCCAAGAGGGAGGCCGAUCUGGUGCAGCUGAACCUCCAGGUGCAGGCGAUUCUGCAGCGCAAGGAGGAAGAGGACCAGCAGAUCCAGCGGCUCAUAGACACCCUGCAAGCUUCCCUGGAGAGAGAGAAGCUGAGUGCAAACACCCUCAAGGAGCAGGUGGCUGCUGCCAAGAUGGAAGCUGGACAUAACCGCCGCCACUUCAAGGCCGCCUCCCUGGAGCUGGGUGAGGUGAAGAAGGAGCUGCAGGCCAAGGAGCACCUGGUGCAAAAGCUGCAGGAGGCUGCCGAGGAGCUCCAAAGCCGGGAGGAACAGCACUCCCAGGAGGCCGUGCAGUUCCGGGCGGAGCUGGCGGAGGCCCGGGCCCAGCUCCUGCUCCUGCAGCAGCAGCUGGAUGAGCAACUGAACAAACAGCCUACCGGAAACCAAGAGAUGGAAAAUCUCAAAUGGGAGGCAGAGCAGAAGGAGCGAGAGGUCCAAUCCCUGCGGCAGCAGCUGGGCCUGAGCGAGCAGCACGCGGCCCAGGAGUUGGGCGGUCUGCAGCAGCUACUGCAGGACGUCCGGUCUGAGCUGGAGGUAGCGCGGGAAGAUCUGUCCGUGACGCAGAAGGACAAGCUGGCACUGCAGGCGAAGGUGUCGGAGCUGAAGAGCAGCAUGAAGACCCUGCUGCAGCAGAAUCAGCAGCUCCAGCGGGGCCUACGCCGCAGCACAAAGACGAGGAAGGAACUGAAAGGCGAGGCCAACUCUUCGGGCCCCGUGACACCGGUGAAGAUCCCUGACUGCCCCGUCCCAGCCUCCCUGCUGGAGGAGCUGCUGAAGCCCCCCCCUGCCGUGAGCAAAGAGCCCCUCAAGAACCUCAACAGCUGUCUGCAGCAACUGAAGCAGGAGAUGCACAGCCUGCAGCGCCAGAUGGAAGCCCACACGGUGACUGUGCACGAAGCCCUGUGCCCGCAACCAGGGGCCAGCCCCGCCACCCGGGGAGAGCACGCCCACCCCAGGGGAGACACGGAGCAGCACAGCCGGGCAGAGCCGCUCGAGCCCACCUGGCCGCAGUGACCAGCGGCCUCCGCGCCUUGUAACCACCCAAAGGAAUGUUCUCUUGUCAAUGUUAUUUAUUGGAGUACAUGCUCUGUGUUUCUCUAAGAGGUGGCAUUUAAGUUUUGCACUUGCCUUUACAGGGAGGGAGUGAACUGACGGGUUGAGAGCCAGGGCUGGAGGAACUAUGACUGGCAGGUCACAGCAGCAUCCCCUGUGGAAUGCCGGGCGCUCCCGCCAAGGGGGCUCCAGCAGGCCUGGCCUGGCGUUGGCUUUGGUUGUUAGAGCUUUACUUCCCACCGAAAUGACACUAUUCACACCUUUGGUUUUUAUUUUAUUGUUUAAACGGCCAUCCCCGUAGAACAUGCAGACACACUGACACGCAGCCUAAACGCUGAACGCGGUCAGGACUGGCCGGCGGCGCCUGUCCGUUGCCUUUUGAACGUUGGCUGCGGCACGUGAGGUCAGGUGGGCUCAGGGCUGUCCGGGUUAUGUUCUGAGAAAGACGAUUAUUUUAUUUACCUUUAAACCAAAUGUUCUUAGACAGUGUCUGUGUUGUCCUCGCUCCCCUUCGUGCCUGCGGCCUUCUCUGUGGUGAGUGCGGGACACCCCUGCAUCCCGCAGCCACACGCCAUCGCCGGUAGGGCCUGGCAGGGCGGGGGUGCGCGACUCCCAAUGGGCGAGACUGGGGAGAAGACGGGCCUGCAAGCUGUUCAAGCCAUCCCUCGAGGCUCUGGGCUGAGCUUCCCUGCAGGCUUUCCGGGGCCGACUCUUGGCGGUCUGUAAAUGUCCUGCUGCUCCUCUGCUUCUCCUCGCGCUGGGAAGUAUUUUUGACAGCGCUUUUGUACCGUCAGAGCAGAGGGACAGGAACCCACUGCUGUGUCUGCUCGCAGCCCCCGCCCCGCCCAUCAGGACUUAGGCCGCCCUCUCGCUCGCGGGAGGGGGGGCUGUGUGUACAUGCGUGUCUCCAUGUGGUGUGUGCCCAUGUCCUGUGUGCACACGUGGGGCAUGUGUCUGGUGUGCGUGUGCACACGUGUGCCUUCCGCCGUCACCGGGCUGCCGUCACCUGGGCUGCUGCUUCCUGUGUGCCUAUUGGCGCGGGCCCGCCGGCUUCCCCUGGAGGACAGCUCUGAGCACGCUGCAGACGGCGGGAGCCCGUGCGCAGAGAGGUCAGGGAGUGGCCAGGCUUGCGGGGCCCUGGGUGGGCACCCCGGGGCACCCAGCUCGCUCAUGCCUCGUGAGUCUGUCCUGUGUUGGGAAGGCGCGAACCAGGCACUGGGCCAGGUGGGAACUGGCUCCCAGGAGCCUCUGGGUGGCGCCCACGGUCAGACAUCGGGUGGUCCUUGCCGAGCCCGCUCAGCCCGCUCAGCCCGGCUGCCCUGGCCUGGGCGCACAGGUGGAGGUAAAGAUGCCUGGAGGUGAGGGGGCGUGUGUGAAGGAGGCGCCAUGGAGUCCUGGCCCGGCAGCACCCCGGGGGUGGGAGUGGGGGCGUGCUGGGCCUCUGUGGACAGACGGCUGCUGGCCUGCGGGUGUCCAGGGCCCAGAGGGCUGGGAGGGUGGCUGCAGGGCUCCUUGAGCUUGCCCUGCGGAGGGCCCGGUUGGCUGUGCAGGGCAAGGUCGCCAUGAUGACGACUUGUGACUGAAACAGCAUGUUGGUUUUUACAAACUUAAGCGUGCUUGGGAAGUCCUUAAAUUUUGUGCAAUAAACUAUUUUUUGGUAAAGAUCUUCAUUUUUCUUUGGGGGAAGUCCAUUUUAACAUUUUGGAGUGACUUUCAUCUC